AUGAUGAUGAUGAUGGUGAAAUGGAAUAGUGGAAGCGUUGGUGUUUGUGUUAAUGGUUGGGAAAUGAGUUACAGUAUUGGAUCUAGGUUUGGAAAUAGUAUGAUGAUGGCAAAGGUUGUCAUGAUCAAUUUCAGAGAAAGGGGAAUUAAGGAAGAUGAGGGUUUGGACGCCGGUGGCAAUGGUGAAGAGGAAAAGAGACAGUGA